AUGGCCAAUGGGCCUCCCACCCGCUCCAGCUAUGAUAUGGCUACCUUGGCGGACUGGGGCUCGGCCUUGUCCCCAUCCUGCCCCAAUGAUGGCGAAGCAGCUGACGAAUCCAUCUUCUUUCCUGUUCCCUCCAUCGUGGAUAGCGCCCAUCAACCCCCUAUCUUCGAAUGCAAAUGGCUUGGCUGCCGCAGUUCUGCCUGUUUCCGUCGUGAGGCUGACUUGAUACGCCAUCUGAAGACAAUCCAUAUUGCUCCCAACGCGUAUCCCUGCCCUGAACCUAACUGCGGCGUGGCCUUUGGCAGGAAAGACCACCUAAAGGCACACGAAAAGACGCACCAGAAGCCAAGCCAUAACAACCGCCGCCGUCGAAAAUAG